AUGUGGACUCCUUUCCUCCUGAGCUGCCUGCUCUACACCCUGGCGAUAGUGGCACAACCGAAGUACCUGAUCAUCCUCCCGGCUGAACUGCCCUUCCCCUCUUCCCAGAGGGUGUGCUUGGACCUGCGUGGUGUGGAGAAGCCUAUUCGUGUAGCCUUAACUCUUGUGCAUGCCUCUGGCAACAUCAGCAUCUACCGCAAGGUUGUCCGGAACAACUGGAUCUUUGAGUGCUCCAGGUUUCAGGUCCCCAAACCUGCAGGCAGCCAAGAGGUGGGCACUGUCCAGCUGCAUAUCUCCAAUGGCCACUAUUUCAGUGCAAAGGAGGAGAAGCAAGUCCUGAUUCGUAGGACUGGCACUGGCACCUUCAUCCAAAUGGAUAAACCUGCCUAUAGGCCAGGACAGACAGUGAAAUUUCGGAUAGUGACAUUGACUGAAGACUUUGUCCCCGUUAACAGCAAGUACUCCAUGGUGGAAAUCCAGGACCCAAACCAAAACCGCAUUGGCCAAUGGCUGGAUGUGAGACCAAAACAGGGCAUUGCAGAUCUCUCUUUCCAGUUAGCUACUGAACUCUCUCUGGGGACUUACACCAUCAGUGUGGUGAACCCAAAAGUGUCCAGUACAUUUAAGGUGGAGGAACAUGUGUUGCAGAAGUUUGAUGUUUUCUUCGAAGGACCGGUUCAGAUUUAUGCUUCAGAUAAAACCUUCCCACUGCGUGUAUGUGGCAGGUACCACUAUGGAAAAGCAGUGCAAGGGACCAUGCGGGUGACUUUGUGCCAGAAGGCAAGGAGGCGUCUUCAAAAUGUCAGCAAGGAUAUCUGUAGAGAAUACAGUGGUCAGACAGUGAGCAAGGGGUGCUUCACACCUUCUGUAAGCACAUCGGUGUUUAAUCUGGCUCCCAGUGAGGAGGACAGCAAAAUCUAUGCAGAAGCUUCUCUUCUGGAGGCAGGCACAGGGGUCCAAAUCAACUCUUCCAGCCAAAUCCUCAUUUCCAGGACAGCUGCAUGGGCAGUGUUUGAAACACCAAAUGCUUACUACAUCCCGGGAGUACCCUACAGGGGGAAGAUUAAGCUUCAGGAUCACCAUGGAAAUGGUAUGAGAAACAGAAAAGUUUAUCUCGUGAUAAAGUUCAUGAGACGUCGGCUUAUCAAAAUGUAUAUCACAGAUGGCAAUGGAAGAGCAUCGUUCAAUCUGGACACAACUGCCUGGAACAGCUCCUCAGUCUUUUUGGAGGGAAGGUUUACACUGGAAGAUCUCACGCACACACCCUGGAAAACUGGUGUCAGUUACACAAAUGCUUACCAUCACCUGCAACCCUUCCAUGUCACAACGAAGAGCUUCCUGGACAUACACCCACUCACAGGAACACUGCCCUGUGGACUAAAGCAGAGUGUCCAGGUGACCUUCACACUCAGUCGGGAUGACCUGGGAGAAGACACCAGCCGGAUAGGUUUUGCAUAUUACGUCACUGGGAAGGCUGGCAUUGUUGUCAGGGGACAGAGGAGCGUCCAAGUUGGGAAGCUGAACAUGUUGAAGGGCUCCUUCUCCAUCCCUCUGACCUUCACUGCUGACUUCACCCCAUCACCUUCUUUAGUGGUGUACGCUAUCUUCCCCGGUGGAGGGAUAACAGCAGAUAGCAUCCGCUUUGAUGUUGCCUUGUGCUUUGAAAAUGAGGUCAAAGUAGGUUUCCUGGCUAAAGAAGCCCACCCAGAGUCAACAGUGCAGCUCCGACUGCAGGCAGCCCCUGGCUCCGUGUGUGCAGUACAGGCCGUGGAUGAAACCAUGUUCCUUGUGAGACCAGAGAGUGAGCUGACAAGCCAAAUGGUCUAUGGCUUGUUCCCUGCUAUCUACCGACAUGGGUACCCUGCCCAAGUCGAGGAGUAUCCAGAUCACUGUGUUCAGCCCCACUCCACAUCACCUCUGCUGCAACGGAAACUGCAGCAUUCCUUUCAGCCUGACAUCUUCAACCUCUUCUGGAACAUGGGUCUGAAAAUCUUCUCAAACCUUGCAAUCAGGAAGCCAACUCAAUGCUCUCAUCGGGCAGAUAGCAAGCCAAUGAUGGGGGGUCCUUCUAUGGAAUACAAAAGAAUGACCGAGGAACAACCCCAAUUAACAACCCAAGGAAGAUUUCACCACUAUUUGCCUGAAACUUGGAUCUGGAAUCUGUUCUCUCAUCCCUCACCUGGUGUCCUGAGCUCUUCCUGUUGCAGUGGGGUGGGACAGACUUCCUUAUGCAAGUGCUCUCUUCCUCUCAGCUCCAACGGGAGCAGGAGCGUCCCAGUCACAGCGCCUGCUGCUGUCGCUGAGUGGAAAGUCAAGACAUUCUGCUUGGCUGGGAGGGGGUUUGGACUUGCCCCGACCACAAGUCUCAGAACAGUACAACCUGUCUUUGUGGAUGUGACAUUGCCAUAUUCUGUGAUACAAGGAGAGACCUUCACGCUGAAGGCUACUGUCUUUAACUACCUGCAGCAGUGCAUACAGAUACAGGUAGCCCUGGCUAAAUCCCCGGACUUCCAGGUGGAGCUGUGCCGGACCUGCAGGGACAGAGAGUGCCUCUGCGUGGAAGAGUCCAAGACCUUCGCGUGGAACGUGACAGCAAUCCAGCUGGGGACUCUGAAUAUCACAAUCAGGACUGAGGUACUGGACACCACACCACGCUGUGGGGACAGGAAGCCCUUGCCAGCUACCACGAGGCGGAGGCACAUUCUGGUCAAACACUUGCUGGUUCGGCCAGAAGGUGUGCUAGUGGAGAAGUCUUACAGCUCCAUUCUGUGCCCAAGAGGAGGAAACAUGGUUGAAGACCCUGUGCCCCUUCACCUCCCUGAUAAUGUAGUAAAGGGAUCUGCCAGAGCUUCAAUUUCCAUCUCAGGUGACCUCAUGGGGAUUGUGUUACAGAACCUGGACCGCCUGGUGCAGUUGCCCCAUGGAUGUGGGGAGCAGAACAUGGUGCUGUUUGCCCCCAUUAUCUAUGUGCUGCAAUACCUGGAGAAGACAAGGCAGCUGACCCCUGAAAUCAAGGAGAAGGCAGCAGGACUCCUGCACAAUGGGUACCAGACACAGCUUCUUUAUAAGCAUAGAGAUGGGUCCUACAGUGUCUUCGGGCAGCAGGAUGGGGAGGGGAACACUUGGCUGACAGCUUUUGUAGUCAAGAGUUUUGGCCAAGCCAAGAAAUACAUCUAUGUAGAUGACAAGAAUAUCCAGGAUGCCUUACGCUGGCUAGAGCAAAAUCAACUCCCCAGUGGCUGCUUUGCCACCAAAGGGAGUUUCUUUCAUUCCUCUAUAAAGGGCAGUGUGGAUGAUGAAAUCUCCUUGGGAGCGUAUGUCGCUGCAGCACUGCUGGAGCUGGGUCAGCCACUGAAGGGCAAGAUGAUGCAGAGUACCCUCCACUGCCUGCAGCAGGCAGUUCACAACGUCACCAGCAUCUACACAGAAGCUGUACUGGCCUAUGCUUUUGCCCUGGCCGGAGACUAUGAGACAACCCAGGAGCUGCUAUACAAGUUGGAGGAACAGGCCAUCAAAUCAGGAGGACAAAUACACUGGAGCCCCAAACCAAGCUCCCCGGCUUCCACAGCCUUCUGGCCUGGUACUCAGUCAGUGGAUGUGGAACUGACAGCCUACGUGCUCCUGGCAUACCUCUCCAAGCCACGGGUGCAUGCAGGUGACAUGACAACUGCAGCUGGUAUUGUGGCAUGGCUGACCCAGCAGCAGAAUGCCUAUGGGGGCUUUGCCUCCACCCAGGACACAGUUGUUGCCCUGCAAGCUUUAGCAAAAUAUGCAGCAAGGACUUUCAGCACAUCAGGCCAAGCGCUUGUGAGGGUGAAGUCCCACAGGGGCUUUGGGAAGACAUUCCAAGUCACCCGCCAGAAACGGCUGCUGGUGCAGCAGGCAGCGCUGACAGAGAUCCCAGGGCAGUUCCUGGUGCAGGCCCAGGGCAGCAGCUGUGUUUUUGCUCAGACAGUGCUGAGGUACCACAAGUCUCCCCCACGGACCACUGUAACCUUCACUCUGCGUGUCAACACAGAGCUGGCCAACUGUAGCCAGGCCAACACGCGUGCCCUUGUUGUCCGCAUCCUUGUCAGCUACAUUGGCAGCAGAGUCACAUCCAACAUGGUGAUCAUGGAGGUCUCCUUAUUGUCUGGAUUUGUCCUGGCUCCAGGCUCCAGGAUGUUGUUGGAGCGCAAAACCAUCAUUAAGAAAAUAGAAGUGAAAGCUGAUGUGGUCUACAUUUAUCUGGACAAGCUCAAUGAUGAAUCUCAGACUUUCAGUCUGCAACUGGAACAAAUAUUUGAGAUGAAGAACCUGAAACCAGCCACCGUCAAAGUCUAUGAUUACUACCAGCCAGAGGAGCGAGCCUUGGCUGACUACAAUGCUGUCUGUAGCUGAGGUUGGGGACCGAAUGGAAGGAGAUGCCCCAGCUAUCCCCAGUAGAAGGACACUGCCCCUAUUAAAGUUGAGCCUGUGUGGUCUUGUGCCUGAGUGGAUGGACUUAGGGAUCACAACAGUCCAGCAGUUGUGCCUGCACUGGGAGGGGGCUGGUAUGUGAGGGGGGACUGUUAUAUAUCUGGUAUAUUCCUGGGAAGAAGAAUUAAAGUAAGCAUCACCCCUGACCUUGCUGUCAUUGUGCCAGUUGUUGAUGAACUGCAGGCUUAGCCCACAAGGAUACCAUUUCUGCCAUCAACAGUGUACAA